AUGCGCAUGCAUGGGAUCCCCAAGCAGCUCCUGGGAGGUUGCAGGGCGUACCAGGGAAGUGUGAGGCCCAUCCAUGGGUCUGUGGCGCCCCUCGGCGCAGGAGGGAGUGACACCAAAGAGCACCUCCAGGGUCUGAGCGGAGAGCAGCAGGCUUCAGUUGCAGCGCCCUUGGGCACUUCCUUGGUUGUGGCGGGGCCUGGGAGCGGGAAGACCCGUGUGCUGAUCUCGCGCAUCCUGCACCUGGUCCAAGCCCAUGACGUCGCCCCGCACUCCAUCGCAGCCAUCACUUUCACCAACAAGGCGGCACGGGAGAUGCGGGAGCGACUGGAGCACGCCCUAGGCCCUGAGGCCGCCGCCCAGCCCUUCAUAGGCACCUUCCACGGCUUGGGCCUGAGCAUGCUGCGCCAGGCCAGCUCUCAGCUGCCCGCUGGCUGCCGGGUGCGCCCCGGCUUCUCGGUGGCCGACGGCGACGCCGCCACCGCGAUGAUGCAGCGAUUGGUGAAGAGCACGGCGGGGAUUGACAUCAGGCAGUCGGGCGCGAGGACGUCGGCGGAGCAGAAGCGCACCGUCGCCAAGCAGGCCCGCAUCAUUCUGAGUGCCAUCUCCAGGAUGAAGAACUCCGUGCCUGGGUACGCUGCGCUGAAGGGGGAGCAGGCCAUGCUGCGGGAGCUGAUGCAGCGUCGGGGCACCGAGCUGACGAUGCAGAACAAGAUUAUGGCGCGGGAGAUGGGCUGGUGGUACGAAAUGUAUCGCGACAGCUUGGCACAGAGCAAUGCCGCGGACUUUGACGACCUGCUGUCCCUGACGGUGACCCUCCUGCAGGAGAGCGAGGCCGCACGCUGUGCUCUCAGCCGCCGCUUCCACCACAUACUCGUGGACGAGUUCCAGGACACCAAUGCCACUCAGUAUGAGCUGGUCAAGCUUCUGGCGCCCGUGGACUCCCUGCAGAAGGGUCGCCGGUCGCUGUUCCUCGUGGGCGACCCAGACCAGGCCAUCUAUGGGUGGCGGGGCGCCAUCCCGGAGCAGCUGGGAGAGCGCCUGAGAACAGACUACCCCGAUCUGAAGGUCCUGACCCUGCGCGACAACUACCGCAGCUCCAGCACGAUCCUGGCGGCCGCCCGGGCGGUGCUGGGUCCCCAGUCCAGGCGCCUGCGGCCCAUGCUACCCCACGGCCCCGCCCUGCGCCUGCACAGCGUCCUCGGCCCGACCGAGGAGGGCGAGCUGGUGGCGCGGCAGAUCCGGCGCCUGCAGGCGCGACACGGCGUGCCGCUGUCGGAGGUGGCGGUGCUGGUCCGCACCCACGCCCAGACGCGGGCCAUUGAGGAGGCCCUGGUCCGGCACCGCAUCCGCUACAUCGUCCUGGGAGGACGCACCUUCUGGCAGCGCAAGGAGGUGCAGGACGUGCUGGCGUACCUGCGCCUGGCGCUGGCGCCGUGGGACGGCGUGGCCCUGCGCCGCAUCAUCAACGUGCCCAAGCGCGGGCUGGGCCCCGCGACCCUGGCCAAGCUGGAGGCCGCCGGUGAGGGCAGCAUCGCGCGGGCCCUCUUUCCCCCCGCCUGGCCCUUGGAGGGGGGCGUGGAGGGCACCGUGGCGCCGACGCUGCCGCUGCUGGAUCGCGGCGCGCUGGGCCUGAGCGCCGCCACCGCGAAGAAGGUCGAGGCCUUCCGCGCGCUGGCGCUGGGUCUGGCGGCCGCGCUGCGCUCCAUGCCGCUGCACGACGCGCUGGCGCACAUAGUGGAAGCCACGGGGUACCUGGACGGCGCGAAGGACGCGGCGGCAGAGGACAACGACGAGGCGGUCGCUGAUUCGAAGGACGGCAGAGCGGUCGGUGCCACGGCGGAGGACCUGCCCUCCGCGAGCUCUACAGGAGAAGCAAAGGAGGAGGAGACGGCCGUGACCCUGCGCCGCCGGCUGGGCCAGCUGGUGGAGGUGGCCCGCCUGGCGGGCGAGGCCGGGGCCCCAGGCCUGCCCGUCGCCGACCUGGGGCUGGAGGUGGAGAGCGGGCGGGACGAGCGCCUGGAGGGCGUCCGCGCCUUCCUGGACAGCUGCGCGCUGGACGCCGCCCCCGACGGGGGCGAGGCCGCGGCGCGGAGGGACAGUGUGCGUGUGAGCACCAUGCACGCCGCCAAGGGCCUCGAGUACGCCGCCGUGUUUGUCCCCGGGUGUGUGGAGGGCCAGAUCCCCUCCCCGCCGCGGGAGAACGAUGGCGGGGCGGCGCUGCGGGAGGAGCGCCGCCUCAUGUACGUGUCCCUGACCAGGGCGAAGCAGCACCUGACCCUGCUGUCCUUCCUGCUGCCGUCUCGCUUCAUCAAGGAGCUGGAGGACAGCGGGUGCGUCCUGGAACGGACGGAGCACGAGGACUCGGAGCGGAGGGCGCCCCACCGCAGCCACAGGGCCGCGGCACGCUACCAGCGCAGCCGCCGGCUGAACAGACCCGAGGAAUCCUCCUCCCCCAGCGUCCUGGUGGCCGACAUCGGCGGCACCAACGCCCGCUUCCAGGUGUGGCAGCUCGACGAUGUCCUGCGCCCCAGCCGCCUGAUCCUGGAGAAGUUCCUGCCCACCAAGGACUACCCUACCUUUGACGACGCGCUGUCCGCCUUCCUGGCCGACCCGGCGCUGGCCGGGCACGCCCCCCAGUCCGCGGCCUUUGCCUGCGCGGGCCCGGUCGCGCGCGGCGCCUGCACCAUGACCAACCUGGGCUGGACCAUCGACGAGGCGGAGGUGGCGGCCCGGCACGGCCUGCGCGCCACCGUGCUGAACGACUUAGAGGCGGUGGGCUACGGCGUGCCCGUCCUGCCCGAGUCGGCGCUGCUGACGCUGCACCAUGCCCCCGUCCAGGACCGCGCGCCCAAGGCGGUGCUGGGCCCCGGCACGGGGCUGGGUGAGGCCCAGCUGUUCUGGGACGAGGCGGUGGGCAACUACCGCGUGUGCGCCAGCGAGGGGUCGCACGCCACCUUCGCGCCGCGCGGCUGGAAGCAGCGCGCGCUGCAGGCCGCGGUCCAGGCCGAGCGGGGGCACUGCUCCGUGGAGCGCGUGGGCUGUGGCGACGGACUGCGUCGCAUCUACGACUUCCUCGGCAGCGACGAGCCCAGCCAGUACCCCGGCCGCGACCUGGGCGCCAAGCGCGACCCCGCCGCCAUCUCCGCCGCCGCGCUGGACGGCUCCGACCCGCGCGCGGCCGAGGCGCUGGACAUCUUCCUCAGCAUCGUGGGGGCCGAGGCGGGGCACAUGGCCCUCCGCGGCCUCACCACCGGCGGCGUCUACAUCUGCGGCGGCAUCUUCCCCAAGGUCCUGGACCGCGUGCGCGCAGGGGGGGUGGCCGAGGCCUUCCUCUGGCGCGACUCGCGCUUCCAUGACAAGGUGCUCAAGCACAUCCCGCUCUUCGUCGUGCUGGAGGAGAAGGUGGGCCUGCUGGGCACGCGUGAGCAGGCCAUCCGCCUGCUGCACCAGCAGGCCGAGGACGUGUCCAUCGCCACCUAG